AUGGGGGGUCAAGAGAACAUGAUAACGAGAAGAGGACAAUUGAAAGCGUCGAUAACAAGAUUUUCAAAUUAUCUACAAGCGCAAAAUGUUGAUUCGACAGAGGUAAAAGUGCGGCGUGAAAAAGUAGAAGAGUCAUGGGCAGAAUAUGAACAGGUUCAAGCGGCCAUAGAAAUGGAAGAGGGAAUCAGUAUCGAUGCACAAAAUAAGUAUAGAAUGGAAUUUGAAGACUUAUACUUUAAAACUAUUGCUGCAGCAGAGAAAAUCAUGAUAGCAGCAGGCGCAACUGUAUCGCAAGACGAGAGUAGAAAUAAAAAUUCUGACACCGAUAUGCCUAAUGCGUGUAUGAAUAAAGUAUUGUCGACGGUAAAGUUGUCGUCGUUGAGCGUACCGAAAUUUACCGGUAAUUUACAAGAAUGGGCAUCGUUUUACGAUAUAUUUUCGGCACUAAUAGAUAACAAUACGUCGUUAACGGCGAUAGAAAAGUUUUUUUAUUUACGCGAAUCGUUAUCAGGCGAGGCGUUGAGUUCGAUAAAAUGUUUGGAAACAACAUCUAGUAAUUAUACCGUAGCAUGGCAAUCGUUAAUCACGCGGUACAAUAAUAAAAGGGUGUUGGUUCAAGCACAUGUAAAAGCGAUAUAUGAUCUCGAAACGGUGGGCGGCGACUCGGCGAAAAAAUUAAGACAGUUUACGGAUGCACUGAAUGGACAUAUGCGUGCGUUAGAGGCGCUGGGUCAAGAACCCACAAAUUGGGGACCACUCCUAAUACAUGUAAUAUUAAUUAAAUUAGAUAAGACUACACUAAAAGAGUGGGAAUCGAGAGCGCACGGUACUGAAGUGCCAAAAUUAUUAGAAUUAAUUACAUUUUUAGAGUCAAGGUAUAAAAUUUUGGAAUCAAUUGAAACCGUAAAAAAUAUAAAUAUUAAAGGUAGCACAAUUACGACAUCAAACGAAAAAAAAUAUAUCGAAAAAAGAGGAACGUCACAAUUAUUCGCGUCGACUUCAAAUUUAGAAUGCUAUGUUUGUAAAUCGACACAUACGAUUUAUAAAUGUCCUACAUUUUAUAAUUUGACCGUACCAGAGCGAAUAAAACGCGUAACAGAGUUGAAGUUAUGUAAAAUUUGUUUACGCCAACACGAAAGUAAAAAAUGCAAUGCAAAAUUCUGUUUUAAAUGCGCAAAAGUGCAUAAUACGCUAUUGCACCUACCAGGAGGGAGAAAUACAGUAAUCGAAGAUAAUACGGCAGGUCAGUCAACAGUCGCAAAUGUAUCGACAAGUGAAGUAGUUGAAGCAUCAACAUCGUUAAGCGCACAUACAUCGGUUAUACAGGACGACAAGGUAUUACUGUCGACGGCAAUGGUGUCAUUGCGCAGCGAAUCAGGGCAAUGGGUUCCGGGACGCGUACUUUUAGAUUCUGGGUCCCAAAGUAAUUUGAUAACAGAGCAAAUGGUACAGCUUUUAAAGUUAAAAAAGAAGCAUGUGAAGCAUGAUCUAUGCGGAAUAGGCGGUAGCACACAAAAGGCAUCGUCGGCGGUGGUUGCAACAAUGGCGGCCGAGGACAGAAAAUUUACAUUAACAGCCACGUGUUUGGUAGUGAAGCGUGGACCGAUAUUCCAAGAAACUCGUUUUGGAUGGGUAGUCUCGGGUCCCGCAGAUAACGUAAUUAAUUCAGGUAAAUGGGCAGCGAGUGCGGUAAAUCUAUCGAUAACCGAGAAUAAAGAAACAAAUUUAGAACAAUCGAUUACAAAAUUUUGGAAAUUGGAAGAGUAUGAACCAAAAUCAGUGUAUACAAAAGAAGAAAAGGAAUGCGAGGCACAUUUUAACAAAAAUAUAAGUCGGAGUGAAUGCGGUCGAUUUAUAGUUCAACUUCCGUUUAAAGCAAAUGCGCCAAAAUUGGGCAAGUCGUACAAUAUUGCUGAACGGCGAUUUUUAUUAUUGGAAAAACGAUUACAAAAAGAUACACAGUUAAAACGAGAUUAUGUAAAAUUUAUGUCAGAAUACGAAGCAUUGGGACAUAUGGAACGAAUCGAUAAGGAAAUCGAAAAUAAAGACGAAGAAGGCAAAUAUUAUAUUCCACACCACGCCGUGCGUAACGACAGUAGUACGACGACAAAACUACGGGUCGUAUUUGACGCGUCAUGCAAAACUGAUACGGGCGUUAGUCUCAACGAUAUAUUACUUAAAGAUAUCACAAAAAUGUAUCGCCAAUUUUUAGUUGUUGAGGAUCAGCGAGAUUUUCAACGUGUGUUAUGGCGACCUGAACCGACACAACCGAUCCAUGUAUAUCGACUUAAUACACUUACCUAUGGUACCGUGCCGGCGUCAUACUUGGCAACAGCAUGUCUCGAAAAUUUGGCAAAAACGGAAUGCGACAAUUGCCCGGAGGUGGGCGAAUCAAUUACUAGAGAUUUCUAUAUGGACUAUCUAGGUGGUGCAAUGUCCAAAACCGGUGCGAUAAAAUUACGAGAUAAUCUAAUUUCAAUUAUGAGUAAAGCCGGUUUAGAACUGCGUAAAUGGUUAUCUAAUGACCCGCAGUUAAUAGCCGACGUGCAUUCCGACAACAAUAGCAUAAGAGCUAUGGGCGAACUAAUGACAAAAAUACUAGGCUUGCAUUGGAAAUCAGAUGAUGAUAUGUUAUUCUACACGGUACAGCAGGUAGAGGUCAAUGCCCCGAUAACUAAACGGAAAAUAUUAUCCGAAAUCGCAACAAUAUUUGAUCCGUUAGGAUUACUCGGACCUGUUAUUAUAAUCGCCAAAAUUAUUAUGCAAAGUUUAUGGCAAUUAAAGAUUAAUUGGGAUGACGUAUUACCCGAUAAUAUUUGUGCAGAAUGGCAAAGAUACCGAGGUGGAUUACCAUCGUUAAAUAAUUUAAGAAUACCACGAAAAAUAAUUUCAACCGAAAUAGUAGUUAGUGCGGAAAUACACGGUUUCGCGGAUGCGUCCGAGAAGGCUUAUGGCGCAUGUUUAUACUUAAGAACCACUGGUGGACACGGAGAAACGGACGUAAACUUAAUAUGCGCCAAGUCGAAGGUUGCUCCGCUAAAAAUAGUGUCUUUGCCGCGGUUAGAACUGUGCGCCGCCUUGCUGUUAGCCCGACUGAGUAAUAAACUAAUACCAAAAUUAAAUUUAAAAAUUGAUCGACGUCGAUUUUGGACCGAUUCUAAAGUGGUCUUGGCUUGGAUAACGUCGCCAUCAGGUCGAUGGAAGACAUUUGUCGCACACCGCGUUGGUGAAAUACAAGAGUUAACCGCGUGCAGCGAAUGGUCACACGUAUAUAAUUUAUUUCAAUCCGAUCAACAUCAAAACACAGUUUGUGCAACACUCGCGGAGAAAGGGGUAGAGUGGAAGUUAAUACCACCCCGAUCUCCACAUUUCGGUGGCCUGUGGGAGGCGGCGGUUAAGUCGAUGAAAAAUUUGUUAUCUAAGGUGAUAGGUGAAUCUCGUCUAACUUACGAAGAGAUGAGUACUGUACUGACUCGGGUUGAAGCAUGCUUAAGCUCUCGUCCCAUUACCUCCCUGUCUUCCGACCCAUCCGAUCUUUCCUAUUUAACGCCUGGUCAUUUUCUAAUUGGUGAUGCUAUUACCGCCGUACCCGAAAGGGAUGAAACGACUACUUCUGUGACGCCGUUGGAGCGUUGGAGAAGAGUUACCCAAUAUUCACAACUACUUUGGAAGCGCUGGAGUACAGAGUAUCUGGGUCAACUACAGGAGCGUGUAAAAUGGACUCAAUCAAAGGGGCCAAAUUUAAAGGUAGGAUCUGUGGUGUUAAUACGAGACACAAAUUUGCCCCCUUUGCAGUGGCGUCUCGGUCGGGUCCUCCAAAUCCAUGCAGGAAGGGACGGAAUAAGUCGGUCGGCGUCCGUAAAGACGAAAUUUGGGGAAAUUACAAGGGCAGUUCGUCUCCUUUGUCCGUUACCAAUCAACAAUCAAUAUUAA